AUGCCAUGCUGCAAUGGUACUGUGCAUAUGAAAUCAAUCCAAGAACAAGACAUUUGCUUGAUCUUCCGUGUCGGUCUUCGGGAUGGAUCAGACGCAAUGGGUGCAAGCAAAGUCAAUUUCACGCCCUUCGGCAAGACUAGCAUCAAAACAGGCAGAGCAGGCCCCAGUUUGGGGGACACUAGGGACCACACGGACCAGGGCGAUGACCGGCACAGCCCACGGCGGGGAGGCAAUUGGGAAAAGAUCGGUGGGUCUUUCAUGGUUUCUGCCAGUCUGCCUGCCUCGGAGGGGCACGCCUGUUGUUUCCGAGAAGGCGCGCGUGCGAAGCCUGGGAACACGAGGCAUGAUGGUUGA